AUGGUCGAGCCAGAUUUCUUAGAAAAAAUCACGUUCUUGAGAUGUGCAAAGUCCCCCUCCCCCCUCCUACCUCCUAUAUGUCACUGUGCCUCAUUUUGGCCUAAGACCGGUACUAUAAACAACUGUCCUAAGGUUUUCCAAGUGCAGGAAUCGAUUGGUGAUGGUCCCAUACCCUCUGGAGAUAUCUGGAUCUCUGCGAGUCUCGGAUACUCUGUAGUUCUUCCAGGUUCUGCCACUCUCCUUUCGCGCACAACCAGUUUUGCGGCAAAACUCUUGCUAUCAGAAUCAGAAUCCCACGACCCUCGAGAUAAGACAACGUGUACACAAAUCGUUUCCGAAGCCAAAUCCAAGAAGUGUGUUGCCGCACGAGGAUUCGCGCGAAGUGAUGAGCGAUGCUAUAUUAUGAUGGGGACGCUCGAGCUUCGCCGACACACUGAAGUUAAACUUAGCGCCAUCGAAGAUGGUGACUCGCAUCUUGUUGUGGAUAUCGUUGGAACUGGAGAUGGUCACAGUACAUUUAAGACCCGCACGUCUGCACGUCUACGAAGCAUGGUCUUGGGCGCGCGUGAACUCAGUUCUACCUUCGCUUAA